UUUUCUUUUUUCUGUAGCAUUUUCAAGAACCGUUUUUAUCUCUGUUUUACAACCUUUCCUUUAUAUUGAAUACAUAUCUCUGCCAUGGCGAGCUUAUUAGAGUCGAGAAGGCAAGCAUGGGAUGUCAUAUUCAAUGACGCCAACUUGUCUGCGGCAUCGUUGAGACAACGAGGGAUAACCGGCAAUGUGUGUCAGCAAGGGUUGCGUUCAGUGUGCUGGAAGAUAUUUCUCGACUAUUUACCCACCUUGGAAGUAUCGACGUGGCCAGCCCUGAAAAGCAAAGAGCGUCAACGCUACAGCGAUUUGCGGCAUCAAUAUAUUGACGAACCGACCAAGAAAAUGAUGAACGCCGAAGCCGACGGCGAUCUCACGGAUAAUAACCCACUGGCUUUAAACGAAAGUAACCCAUGGCAACAGUACUUUGAAGAUUCCGAGAUUCGCAAAGUGAUUCGACAGGAUGUCGAACGAACGUUUCCGGAUGUUGAAUUCUUUCGUGCCGACGAUGUGCAGGAACAAAUGACGGAUAUUCUCUUCGUUUAUUGCAAAAUGAAUCAGGAUGUGUCUUAUCGCCAAGGCAUGCAUGAGUUAUUGGCCCCGUUUUACUGGACCGUCGCCACCGACAGUUUGCGCGGUCUGUCAGAAGAGUCGCCAGUUGUGGGUCCGACAAGCCCAGCCACCAAACUCAUGAUGCAAGUUCUUGAUGGAUCUUAUGUGGAACACGAUGCCUUCAUCCUCUUUGAAAAAUUAAUGACCUAUGCAAAGCCAUGGUACGAGUUCAACGACAGUGCCCCUGUAUCGCGAAACCAAAACAAGAAAACAAGACCAGUGAGUCUUGGUGACCAUAUACCCAAGAAAAGUGAGACGACACGUAUGAAUCCCAUGGUGUUAGCUUGCCAUCGUAUACAUCACGAAUACCUUCGCACCAUUGACCCACCUUUGUAUAAGCAUCUCGAAUCUCUAAACAUUGAACCGCAGCUCUACGGCAUCCGAUGGCUUCGUCUUUUAUUCGGUCGGGAAUUCGAAUUUAAAAAGUUGCUGACGCUGUGGGAUGCCAUUUUUGCUCAAGAUCCGACCCUUCAGAACGUGGAAUACGUAUGUUUAGCCAUGCUUUUGCGUCUUCGAGAUCAGUUGAUCAACAAGGAUUACUCGGAGUGUUUAACGACACUGAUGCGAUGUCCCGAGUUGAAAAAUCCUCCAACUUUGGUGGAACAAGCCAAGUAUUUGCAAGACAAUCUUUCGGAAGAGGGCGCCUUGCAGAUUCUACGUCAAAAUGAUAUUCGUGCUGGCAAGGAGCCGCGGUCUUCGUUAAUGGAUGGUGUGGAAGUGGCGACCCCAUCCCACUUGGAACCGCGUACAGCAUCACCGGGACGACUGCUGCAUCGACGCUCUUAUAAUGCAAACUUGGACGGGUUUGCUAAUCUUACUCGAGGAGUCAUGAAAAAUCCUCAAGUAAGAGACUUGAACAAAGCCAUUGCCGGGGUCAUGGAUACAGUGCAGAAAAAUGUGAAUCUGCUGGGAGAUAAUGUCCUUGGGCGAGCUUAUUCCGAUUCUUCUGAUACCUUGACGCGUCGUCGAUCCACGGUAGGAUCGGAAUUCCCUUCGGGAGUGGAUCGACUCGCUUAUCGUCCACCGAUCCACAUUCGCCGUCCGGCCGAUCAAGUCGUGGCGGCUUCCUCUUCUCGAACAGGAACAGAGGAUGAUGAGUUGGCAAAAGUCAAAUCCGUCAACCGACAAAUGGGACAAGUCGUAGCUCAAUGUGUCGACCUUCUCGAAAAGGAACUGUUUCCUUCCCCCGCCACGUCUUCAAAGGCAAGCGAUACUUCCGACCCAGAAGAACAACAAGGUCAUUCUGUAUCAGAGUCCUCACCGUCACCAGAGGAAACAGAGAAACACGAGGGUCAAGAGAAUACAGAGAAUGCGCAGACCAAGUCAAUCGAAAAAUCCGAGGAUCAUCCUGCUUCUGGGACGAAACCUAAUGAAGCUUCUAUUAUUCUGGCGUUGGCGAAUCUGAAGCAUGUGCGCGAUGUCCUUUUGGGAAAACAAGCCCACUUUGACGCGGACAUCAUGGGAGUGCCAUUAAAGACCCAACCAGCUCAACCGUUGACGGAGUGGGACUUUGUGCAUCAUAAUGAAGUGGAAGGAAAGGAGCCAUCUCCACCCCCACCUCCACCAGCAGUUCAAUAUGAAAAAUCGACACCAGUCUCACCCGUUGUUUCCGACAAACCUGAAGUCAAAGCGCCCGUUUCUGUAAAAUAUAUACCCGCCAAUCCUACGCCGCCCAAAUCUCAAGUUCGUUACAGUAUGGAUGAUUUGUUGUCUGAUCCGAAGCUUCAAAGUUCCGGCACCAAGGCGUCACAAAGAGCCAAAUUCCACUGGAUGCUGGAAGACAACGACGAAUCCACGUCGCCCGCAUCAAAGGAUCGACGUUCGUCAUCGUCCACCAACCUGUUCAAGCUCGAUACCGAGACGACUCGACCCAUUGCUCGCAAACGCAGCAGUUUCAUCCACCACCGACCCACAGAAGUCAUUAGUCCGAGUGCGUCACCUAAUCAGUCGACGAUAGAUCCCCUGGAUGCCAAAAAUGUUGAUAAACGCAGAGUCUAUGAGCAUGACAUCUUUUAAUUAUUUUCACAAUAAAUAAUAUCGACUUUCAAUGUUGUUUCCAAC